AUGCCUGAGAAACUGAGGGUAAUUGAACCACCAAUUCCUAUACCACCAGAAGCUGGUCUUGAGGUGUCGCGUCACAGGCCUAUCAGCCACCAGGAUGGGUUGCAGGUGGACUGGGAGGCGCAGAAGAAAUAUGAGAAUGCACUAAUGCAGCCUGAGAUUGUGGCGGAGCUGGAGGGAAAUGGACAAUUUUCAAGAUACUACCGCGAAAUACUAGGAGUGAGGGUCAUAUGGUUCUGGGUAAUUGUAAUGAUGGUUGCUGCACUUCUUGCUGCUGGAAUUGGAGGUGGUAUUGCAGGAGGAAUGAAGAGCAGGAACAAAAACAAUGAUCUGAAGCAAAAUCAAUCGCAGUCAACUCUAGCGGUCACAAACGUAACUUCGCCGUGUCAAACCGAUCCAUACUCGAAUAAUACAAUAGUUCAAGCUACUCCGGGCAUGGAUAUGAAACCCACAAACUUCCGACUAUUUUGCAAUCGAACUUUCAAUGUAGAUUCCACUAGAAUGCUUCAGCGUUUCGCGGUGCCUAAUACCGUGGCAGAUUUGGGUGGUUGUAUGGAGGCUUGUCUAGACUACAACGCAGGAAAUGGGACUGAAAGCAGUAAUCAAGGCUCGUAUGAUAUAUGUUACGCUGUCACGAUCAGUAAGAAUGAGACGAGCGCUCAGGAAUGGUGCAGGUUAUUUGCAGCGAGUGGAUGGGGGACUGAUGAAGUAGGAACAGAUUGUGCUGUCAAUCUGUCGCCGCUGAGUCUAGUAAGCAGUAGUACUCUCACUGCUGAAAUUAGCGGUACGCGUUCUUCUACUACUUCCACACUUUCUUCUACUGGACCACUUAUCGAGGCUGAAGAGAUAUGCACGACAAAUGGGCUGGCGAUGACUGUAAUUAUAGCAACUAGCUUGCUCCAUAUUGUCCCUGUCUCAUCCGUUAUGAUCGGAAGCCAAAUCUUUACAGCGGCCCCACCAGUAUCAACUCCCAAAUAA